AUGUCUCACAGUACUUACAACAAGCUCUGGGCUGAUGCCCAGGCAGAGCUAAGUGACGUACUGACUGAGGACCUGGGCGGCCAGUCUCACCCCCCUGAGACUGACAAAGAGGUGUUCUUCCAGCACGUGAAAACCCUCUAUGUGCGUUAUGUGCGCAUUUUCAGGCAGCUGGAGGAAGCCUAUGACCAGGUGGUGCACCCUCAGAAGCGGCACCUGAUCCGCGAUGUGCUGGAGGGAGUCAUGGGCCGCGUCCUGGAGCUCAAGCGCGAAAUGGUGGAAAGCGACUUCUCUGAGUACCACUACGUGGACAGCGUCCUGCUGGACCUGAAGCUGACCCCGGCGGAUGUGGAAAUCCCCGUUCCGAAACACUUUGUGGGCGAGCAGAGCGCGGAGAGGGGAGAGCUACUGUCCAGCGUCUUCAGCUCCGGGGUGGCGACGGAGUCUGUGGAGGCUCCUCCGCUGACCCUGGCACAGGCCAUCAGGCUCAUCCAGGCGUCGGAGAGAGCGAGGCAGGGCCGCUCGCGGGCCAAGAUCACCAGGAAGAUGCGGCAGGACGAAAAUAACCAGAAGAGAUCCAAAGACAAGAGCCAGGUGGAGGCCAUCAGCGAGCACACGGCUUUGAGCAUCCAGAAGCUGUGGAGGGGUUACCUGCAGCGGAAGAAGACGAAGAGGGAGAGAGAGGAAGAGAUGAUCUUUCUGGGCAUGGCCCAGGGGCGCAGGCAGACCCAGCCAUGCUCUUCCGUCGACGCGGUGCGGGACUACGAGGCCCGCAGGCGGCGGAGGCGGGACGAGAACGAGGCCGACUUCCAGAGGGCAGUCGCCAAGGUGACCGAGAGGCUCCGAGAGGUCGAGGAGUUCGACAUGAGGGACACCAUGAAGGCGCAGAUCCGGCAGUGGAUCGCCGAGUGCCACGACGCAACCGGAGCCUUCCCGGACUACCCAGAGCAAGAGGAGGGGGGGUCGGCUCUCAUUUUUGUGGAGAAAACGCCGCAGCAGGUGGCCGACGAGCAGGCAGCGAUGGAAGAGGUCGAGGCAAGCAAGGAGUCCAAAGAGCAGGCCGCGAAGAAGGACGACGUGGCUGUCGAACCCGGCUUCACAAUGUCGCCAUCUAAAUUCCUGACGGGGCUGCAGGAGGCGCAGAAAACCUUUGAGGCCAUCUGGCAGAACCGGGACGAGUCGGAGAACCCCAACCAGAGACACGAGGCAGAGCUGAUCAAGGAGGAGAAGAGGAACGAGAUCGAGACAGAGGCCCGUCUGCAGGUAGAUGAGCUCAUGAGGCAGGAGCUGGCUGAUCUGAAGCUGGCGGUGUAUAACAUCGAGGGAGGAAAGGCGAAGGAGAAAAAAGGAGGAAAGAAGGAAAAGAAAGGUGGAAAGAAGGAAAAAAAGGACAAAGACUUAACACCUGACAGGAGUCUCCAGUCCCUGUGUCAAGAGCUGGUGGAGCAGGGUUUGAUGAGGCAGGUGGAAGUGGUUAAGCUAGCAGAUUACCUGGGCGACUUCUGCUACCUCGGGACACAUUUAGAGCAGCUCAACAUGGAUCCCACGCCAUCUCUGGGAGAUGUAAGGCAGGUCAUCGCCCUGAACGCCGUCCUACCGCUGGGUUCCCAGGUGGUAACCGAGAAAGCCUUGCUGGCUAAGACUCUCCUCCUCGUGGGUCCCACCGGUGUGGGCAAGAAGAUGCUGGUGCACGCCAUCUGCCAGGAGACCGGAUCCAACCUCUUCGACCUCUCGCCUCUCAACCUUGGCGGGAAGUACCCGGGAAAGAGCGGCCUUCAGAUGAUGCUCCACAUGGUGUUCAAAGUCGCCAAGCUGAUGCAGCCCUCCGUGAUCUGGAUCGGGGGCGCUGAGAAGAUGUUCUACAAGAAGGUGCCCAAAGAGGAGAAGGACCUGGACCCGAGACGGCUCAAGAAAGACCUGCCCAAGUUUCUCAAGUCCGUCAGCGACGACCGCGUCCUCGUCGUGGGCACGUCUCGAGACCCAUCAGUCGCUGACAUCAAGUCGCUCUGCAAGGCCUACGCCAAGGUCAUCCACGUCCCGCGGCCCGACUACGCCUCACGUUACCUGAUCUGGAAACGGCUCAUCGAGAAGAACGGCGGGGAGGUGACCAAAGCACUGGACCUCACCUCUCUGGCCAAGAUCUCGGACGGCUACACACAGGGCCACAUCCUGCAGGCUAUCCGGACCGUCCUGACCGAGCAGCGCAUGCAGGAGCUGGACAAGAAGCCCCUGGCUGCGGUCGAAUUCACCCCCCAGCUCGCUAAGAUCCAGCCCGUGACACAAGAUGAGGACGAAGCGCUGAAAAGUUGGUUCGCUAAAACUCCCCUGGGGAAGAAACGCGCCGAAGCUCUCACAGGCCAGGACGAAGAGUAG